CUCCUCCUCCUCCUGGCGGGCGGAGGCUGUUAGUGCGCGGCAGCCUCCGGUUACUGACUAGUCACAAACUUGAGGGAGGUGGACAUUCAAGCCGCCUAGGAUGUGGAGGUGCGGCCGCCACUCGGGGCCGCCAUCGCUGCUGCUGCUGCUGCUCCCGCCGCUGCUGCUCUCGGGGCCCGGCGCUUACGCGGCCCGGCUCUCCGUGCUCUACUCGUCCUCUGACCCGCUGACGCUGCUGGAUGCUGAUACGGUGCGUCCGACUGUGCUCGGCUCCAGCAGCGCCUGGGCGGUGGAGUUCUUCGCCUCCUGGUGUGGCCACUGCAUCGCCUUCGCCCCGACGUGGAAGGAGCUUGCUAAUGACGUGAAAGACUGGAGGCCAGCACUCAAUCUUGCUGUCCUGGACUGUGCUGAGGAGACCAACAGUGCUGUCUGCAGAGAGUUCGACAUUGCUGGCUUCCCAACUGUGAGGUUUUUUCAGGCCUUUACCAAGAAUGGUUCUGGAGCGACACUGCCAGGUGCUGGCGCUAAUGUGCAGACGCUGCGUAUGAGGCUCAUCGAUGCUCUGGAGUCCCACCGUGACACAUGGCCCCCAGCCUGUCCACCUCUGGAACCUGCCAAGCUGAAGGAUAUCGACGAAUUCUUUACAAGAAAUAAAGCAGAGUACCUGGCCCUGGUCUUUGAAAGGGAAGACUCCUACCUGGGUAGAGAGGUAACUCUGGACCUGUCCCAGUACCAUGCUGUGGCAGUGCGCAGGGUCUUGAAUACAGAGAGCGAUGUGGUGAGCAAGUUUGGCGUCACUGACUUCCCAUCUUGCUACCUGCUGCUUCGGAAUGGCUCUGUCUCCCGAGUGCCUGUGCUGGUGGAGUCCAGGUCUUUCUAUACAUCCUACCUUCGGGGACUUCCUGGACUGACCAGGGAUGCUCCCCCAACCACGGCUACCCCAGUUACUGCUGAUAAGAUAGCACCCACAGUGUGGAAGUUUGCAGACCGCUCCAAGAUCUACAUGGCCGACCUGGAGUCUGCACUACACUACAUCUUGCGUGUAGAAGUGGGGAAGUUCUCAGUGCUGGAGGGACAGCGCCUGGUGGCCCUGAAAAAGUUUGUGGCAGUAUUGGCCAAGUACUUCCCUGGCCAGCCUUUGGUCCAGAACUUCUUGCAUUCCAUAAACAACUGGCUCCAGAAGCAGCAGAAGAAGAAGAUCCCAUACAGUUUCUUCAAAGCCGCUCUGGACAGCAGGAAGGAGGAUGCUGUCCUUACAGAGAAGGUGAACUGGGUCGGCUGCCAGGGCAGUGAGCCACACUUCCGGGGGUUUCCCUGCUCGCUGUGGGUCCUCUUCCACUUCCUGACAGUGCAGGCAAACCGAUACAGUGAGGCCCACCCACAGGAACCAGCUGACGGCCAGGAGGUCCUCCAAGCCAUGAGGAGCUAUGUUAAGUUCUUCUUUGGCUGUCGUGACUGUGCGAACCAUUUUGAGCAGAUGGCUGCAGCGUCCAUGCACCAAGUGAGAAGUCCCAGUAAUGCAGUUCUUUGGCUCUGGACUAGCCACAACAGGGUUAACGCUCGCCUCUCCGGCGCUCUGAGUGAGGACCCCCACUUCCCCAAGGUGCAGUGGCCACCCCGUGAGCUGUGUGCUGCCUGCCAUAAUGAACUCAACGGACAGGUGCCUUUGUGGGACCUCGGUGCCACCCUCAACUUUCUCAAGGCUCACUUCUCCCCAGCAAACAUCGUCAUAGACUCUUCUGCAUCUAGACACACAGCCCGGAGAGGGAGUCCAGAAGCUGCCCCCGAGCUGGUAAUGGAUACAUUAAAACUGGAGAGCAGAAAUUCAGUGCUGGGCCAUGAGCAGGCAGCUUCUGCAGAGUCCCCUGGAGCCACUGCCCUAGAUGUACCAGCUGAGAAGCCUGAAGCAAGUGGCCCCCAGGAACUAUACACAGGCCUCAGAAUGGGUGGAGCUUCACCAGGACAGGGUCCUCCUGAGAGCGUGGAAGAGCAUCAGAGAGAUGUGCAGGAGAAUGCCCAGGGGCAGCAACACUUGAGCAAGAGAGACACCGAAGCCUUAUUGCUGCCUGAGGUGAACCACCUCCAAGGCCCUUUAGAGCUCAGGCGAGGGGGUCGCAGCCCCAAGCAGCUAGCCCCCAUACUUGAAGGGGAGCCAGAGGCCCCAGCUAUACAGGGCCAAGGCCAGUGGCUGCAGGUUCUGGGAGGAGGCAUUUCCCACCUGGACAUUAGCCUCUGUGUGGGGCUCUACUCCGUGUCAUUCAUGGGCUUACUGGCCAUGUACACCUACUUCCGGGCCAGGCUGAGAACCCAGAAGGGCCAUGCUAGUUACCCCACAGCCUGAUCUGCCCUGCCAGAGGACAGACAAGGAGCUGCUGAUGUCUAUGGGCGUUUAUAUUUUUGGCCCACUGCCCCCCUUGCUUCCUUUCUACCCCUUGUUCCAUUGUCUAGCUUAGGAGAGUGGCAAGUCCAAGAAAAUGAGUUGUUGCAGUGAACCGUGGAGUCUACUGAGAGAGGAUUCCAUAGACAAAACAGAACCAGGGUGCCAGUCUCACCUGACCAGCAUAGGAGCAGCCUGACGCAGGGGCUCAGGGGGCUUCUGGGAGUCUCAGGCCCCAGCUUCAGCACCAAAUUCUGUUUUUCAGCUCUUGUGAAGUCCUGCCCCAUUCCUGCUGAAGUCUCAAUGCGUCCUGCUUGGUCUUGGCCUUAGAUUAAGGCAAACAAGUCCAGAGUUUCCAAGGUUUCUCAUCCAGAGGAGAGUAUCUGGGCCGGGUGGGCUGGAGUGGACCCCCUCACUGCAUUCUGAGGCUGUCCACUCCCCUCCUUCUCAACAUGAAGAAAAAGCGUCCCUCCGGCCUUCUCUGGCCUUGCCAGCUUCGGCACCCCAGGUGUGGGUGGGGCUCAGCCUCGAGAAUGGGUCUGGGAGCCUCAGGAAAGGAUCCUGGUCACCAGGUUCACACUGGGGUUUCUGCUGCAAGGGUGUAGUUUGGCUGGGAAGGGGGCAGUUGCUGCACUGUGGGGCGUAGUGCUUGCUUGGUGGUAGGGGCAGGGGGUGGGCACUGCUGGGGUCUGUAGUGCCUUAGCCCUGGGCUAGCUGGGAGAGGGCAGACUCCUCUCUGAGCGGGGGCGCUUGUCUCUUACUUUGGUCUCUAAAAUCAAUGCUAACUUUGGGGUGUGGAAGGUGCUGGGUUUAGGGCAGUGGGCACAGUCCUCUCUCUGCCGGUUGGGUCCGCUGUAGGCAGGAGGGGGUGGAGAGACCGGCCCACAUGUUUCAUUCCCCUGCUCCUGUGGCUUGGGAGGGAUGUGGAAUAAAAUUAUUUUUGUUAAGUCACGCAGAA